CAUUAUUGUUAUCGCGAGUUUUUGCUUAACAUCGCCGUCUUUCGUGUAACAUCGUCGACCAUAAAGUCAGAACUGAUGGUUAAUUAUGACAUUUUAUAACGACAAAGGGCGAAGACAUUUUCGUGGAGGUGAGAGAAAUGGCGAAAACACAAUUUACAACAGAUACUAAACUCGACGGGUGGUUGGCGGAGGGGUGUGGAGGUGGGGCCCGGGCCCGGGGCCGGGGCCGGGGCCUCCCACCUCCUCAAGCCUCCCACCUAUUCAGGCCUCCUCAGCUUUGUGCUGGUUUAAAUGUCCAGUCCACGCGGUGAGAAGCGGCCAUGGUUCACACUGAUGCCUGGGUUCUGUCGGGCAGUCGAGAAGAAGAAACAUCCAAAGCGUUACCUCCAACGCACAAACUGCUGGUCAAGACCCAGCAACAACAGCAUGAAAAUGUCACAUGGGACUUGUGUGAUUCAGACUCCUCAGGUUACACGGACCAUUCAUCUGAUGAGAUUGACGUCACAGAGGAGUUUCACAUCAGGAAACCUUUCCAGCCAAAAUCUGUCCCGGCUGCAACUAUAGCUCCGCCGGAGUUCAUCUAUGUGCUGAGCAGCGACGAUGAGAAAGAAGACAACAACGAUGACAACAACGAUGACGUCGACAUGUCCGACGCUGCGGCCUGCGGGAGUGGAAGCGGGACGACGAGGGAAGCAUGGAGAACACGCGCAAACUCCACACCAGGACAUUCAAAACCAGAACCUCAGAACUGUCCGCCAAACUCGGACAACGGACCCAAAAAGAAGAAAUUUCAAAAGAGAAAGUCCCGCGUCUCCUCCAGAAGCCUGCCGCAGAGCCCGCCGCCGAGCGCCGCCAAGCAGCAACGCAAGAAAGGCGUCCCCAGUAAACGAUCCAUAACCGAUUCAGCAGAGAAGCGGGAGAAAGACGAGCACGACAAAGGCAAAGGUGGUCAGAAGAGGUCCAAGGAUGUAAACGUUCCGUGCAGCGGCGCCGCCGCCGCCGCCGCCGCAUCGUAUGGCGACCACUCUUCCGAUUGUGUCCCUAAGAGGAGGUCUUCUGCCAAAGUCCAAAAUAAAGUCAACACGUCCAACAUUGACCCCUACACUCAGCCCGACCAGACGCGCCGAAGGGAAACAAUUGAGAGGAUCGUGGACAUGAAACUAGACAUCGAAGGCUUCUGUUUGUGUUGCGGGAGUGACGAGGUGGAGACCUUCCACCCGCUCUUCAAAGGAGGUCUCUGCUUGCGCUGCAAAAACAACUUCACAGAGACCUUGUACCGCUACGACGACGACGGCUAUCAGUCCUAUUGCACCAUCUGCUGCUACGGCUUGGAGGUCAUCCUGUGUGGGAACGGCGGCUGCUGCAGAUCCUACUGCAAUGACUGCCUCAACAUCCUGGCGGGCCACGGGACCUUUGACUCGCUCAAGCAUGUGGACCCGUGGAUCUGCUAUAUCUGUCAGAACCACCAAGGUCACCGUGCCCUCCUUCCCAGAGAGGACUGGAGCAUUCGGGUCCAGCAGUUCUUUGCCAACAACAGCGCCAUGGAAUUCGAGCCCCACCGCGUUUAUCCGUCCAUCCGCACUAACCUACGAAGACCCAUCCGAGUUCUCUCACUCUUUGACGGAAUUGCGACGGGGUACCAGGUGUUGAAGGACCUCGGCUUUAAGAUCCAAACCUACAUCGCCUCUGAGAUUUGCGAAGAUUCCAUCGCCGUCGCGCACGUCAACCACGACGGCAAGAUCGUCCAUGUUGGCGACGCCCGCUGCAUCACCAAGAAAGUUAUAGACGAGUUGGGACCUUUCGAUUUGCUGAUCGGCGGAAGCCCCUGUAACGACCUCUCCAUCGUUAAUCCCAUCAGAAAAGGACUCUACGAGGGUUCAGGCAGGCUCUUCUUCGACUUCUACCGCAUCCUGCAGAUGCUCAAGCCCAGAGAAGAAGACCAGCGGCCCUUUUUCUGGCUCUUUGAGAACGUCGUCUUCAUGAACAUACACGACAGAGUCAACAUUUGCCGCUUCCUCGAGUGCAACCCGGUUCUGGUGGACGCCAUCAGAGUGAGCCCCGCCCACAGAGCCCGUUACUUCUGGGGGAACAUCCCGGGGAUGAGCAGGCCCAUUACAGCCUCCCAGAGUGACAAGUUGAGUCUGCAGGACUGCUUGGAGCUCGGCAGGGAAGCCCGGUUUACCAAAGUGAGAACCAUCACCACAAACCCAAACUCACUGAAGCAGGGCAAACAUGUCACGCUACUUCCAGUCCUCCACCAAGGCAAAGAAGACAUUCUCUGGAUCACCGAACUUGAAAAGAUCUUUGGCUUUCCCAAACAUUACACGGAUGUGAGGAACAUGAACCGACAGCAAAGACAGAAGGUCCUAGGUAAAUCUUGGAGCGUUCCCGUCAUCCGACACCUCUUCGCCCCGCUCAAGGACUACUUUGCUUGCGAGGAGCUCACGCCCAGCCCGGCCACCGCUACCGCCACCUAUGUGCCUCCGGGGGAGUAGCAGCUCGCCUUGAAGAGAAUGACGCUUCUGUAUUUUGUUUUUUUAAAAAAGGGAAUCAUGUUGGCUCAAGUCUCGAAGGUUUCUUGGCGUGAAUUUUUGUUAGUACAAUCUCAAAAGGCCCAAGACAAUAGUGUAACCAUUGGCUUAAGUCGACUGCCAACAGUUUUUUUUUUUUAACUUUUUUAUUUUACCUCAGGGAAGAACGUUUACAGAAGAAUAUAUUUAUAUAUGGAUAAAGUUAGAAGAAGGGUGUCUGCAGGGUAAUGUGAUACCAAAGAGACAGAAAAGAAAUGGAACACCAUGUAAAAAGGCGAAUGAUGUAUUUGGAGAUUUUUUUUUUUUUUUUUAUAACCUAUAGAAAUGACCUCUAAGGUAAAGAGUCGCUACAAAACGUGUCUACUGUAUGCCAUUAUUAGACAACUACAAUCAAUUGCAACAAGGUUAACAAAGGCAAGCUAAUGCUACUUUUUUUUUUAAUUGAAGAAAUGUUUAGUAUGAAUGUCUAUUUCCAAACAGCAUCUGAACACGCAACAAUAAAUAUGACAAAUGAAAGUUUUUAGAAUUUACAAUAGUUUUAAGGACCAUUUCCCACCUGUCGCUCAGAGGGCCG